AUGGGGGCCGCAGUGAAGAAGCCCAUUGAGGAUCCCCAGAUUAUUCCUGCUCUAUUCUCCCAGCCCAUUGAGGAUCCCCAGAUUAUUCCUGCUCUAUUCUCCCAGCCCAUUGAGGAUCCCCAGAUUAUUCCUGCUCUAUUCUCCCAGUCCAGUGAGGAUCCUCAGAUUAUUCCUGCUCUAUUCUCCCAGUCCAGUGAGGAUCCCCAGAUUAUUCCUGCUCUAUUCUCCCAGUCCAGUGAGGAUCCUCAGAUUAUUCCUGCUCUAUUCUCCCAGCCCAUUGAGGAUCCCCAGAUUAUUCCUGCUCUAUUCUCCCAGUCCAGUGAGGAUCCCCAGAUUAUUCCUGCUCUAUUCUCCCAGUCCAUUGAGGAUCCCCAGAUUAUGCCUGCUCUAUUCUCCCAGCCCAUUGAGGAUCCCCAGAUUAUUCCUGCUCUAUUCUCCCAGCCCAUUGAGGAUCCCCAGAUUAUUCCUGCUCUAUUCUCCCAGCCCAUUGAGGAUCCCCAGAUUAUUCCUGCUCUAUUCUCCCAGUCCAGUGAGGAUCCCCAGAUUAUUCCUGCUCUAUUCUCCCAGUCCAGUGAGGAUCCUCAGAUUAUUCCUGCUCUAUUCUCCCAGUCCAGUGAGGAUCCCCAGAUUAUACCUGCUCUAUUCUCCAAGCCCAAUGGUGAUCCCCAGAUUAUGCCUGCUCUAUUCUCCCAGUCCAGUGAGGAUCCCCAGAUGAUUCUUGCCAUAUUCUCACAGUCCAGUGAGGAUCCCCAGAUUAUUCCUGCUCUUUUCUCCCAGUCCAGUGAGGAUCCCCAGAUUAGAUUAUUCCUGCUCAAUUCUCCCAGUCCAGUGAGGAUCCCCAGAUUAUUCCUGCUCAAUUCUCCCAGUCCAGUGAGGAUCCCCAGAUUAUUCCUGCUCGAUUCUCCCAGUCCAUCCAGUGAGGGUCCCCAGAUUAUUCCUGCUCGAUUCUCCCAGUCCAGUGAGGAUCCCCAGAUUAUUCCUGCUCUAUUCUCCCAGUCCAGUGGUGAUCCCCAGAUUAUUCCUGCUCUAUUCUCCCAGUCCAGUGGUGAUCCCCAGAUUAUUCCUGCUCGAUUCUCCCAGUCCAGCAAACCAAACCAUUAA